AUGAAAAGACAGAAUUCACUCUCCCGACAAGAAACUGCUUCGGAAUCAUUCAAGAAACUCACAGACACUGAUGAGGCAGUGAGAAUAAUGUUAAUUGAUUUUCAUCCACAUGGUUUUCACACUCUUGAAUUUCCCAACUUGUUUGAACUUUUGAUAAGAAAAUUUGACAAUCAAUCCAAAGGUUUUCGAAGAUGGUUAAAGGCAAAAGAAGAAUGGCUUGAACAAGAUGGUGAAAUGAAAAUUGAAUUCUUGAACGUUCCAGAGUGUGUGAUGAAAAGCUGCCUUCACCACACCAAUUUGCCUCUUUCAGUUAAACGGAUGACACAACCUAUUAAGAUUGCCAAGUUGUGUGAAACUCAUCGAGAAUCGAUUGAAAGUGUUGAAUUUUGGCAACCUUUCAAAAUUGGCAUCUUGAGACUCAUCAAGAUGGAGCAAUUUCAAAUCUUAAAGUAUGUCCCAAAAGAGAUUUUAUGGGAAUGGCAAGAAGAGUUAUCAGAAAUAUUGGAAGAAACAUAUGAAUUAAGCUUCCUAUUUGAUCUCGAUGAUAUUGAUGAAGCAAAGAGAUCACUUUCGGAAUAUUGUUGUUAUUUAUUCCAACUUUCAGAAAGAUUACGAGAUCAUGAAGAAAUUGUCAAACUUGCCAUCCAUCUCGACAAUUCCAGCAUGCAAUAUGCAUCUGAACGAUUGAAAAACGAUAGAACAUUCUGUAUGGAAGUUGUUCGUUCCAAUCCUCACGUAUUUCCAGACCUAACGCAAGAGUUACAAAACGACAAGGAAUUUAUUCUUGAAUUACUCAGCUCUUCUACUCACACUUUGAAUGGUCAUGUACAACAAGACAUGAUUCCAACACUAAUUCCAGAAGUUUAUCGUUGGAUACCAGAGCAUGUUCGUUAUGAAAUACCAAUGACAGUCAAAAUGAGAGUGUACGAACAAUUAUUUCUCAAAGAUGAAGCUAUUGAUCAAGAAAAUAUAAUGAAAGGAGUAUUGAAAUCCAUACUUCAAAUGCUUCAUGACUUACCAUACGAACACUUUCGAGUACACAAGAAUUAUCAGCAUAGUCUACAAGAGCAAGGAUGGUUUGCUCAUUCAUUGGCUGAGAAGUGUAAAACAAUCGUUACAUACGAAUCAGAAGAUUAUGAAUUUGUUAUAUUAUUCGCACAAGUGAUGACACGACUCUACAUGCACUAUGAUUUACGAGACGUGGAGCAUGAUGAGGAAUUUAUUUCCAAGCGUGUGGACUUGCCACUCAUGAUGAAAUAUGCACAAGUUGGUUUACGACAUGACAGAAAUUUUGUGUUGAAAGCUGUGAAAGCAAAUGGAAGCGUCUUCAAAGUAAUUUCCAAAUUUCGAGAUGAUAAGGAAGUGGUGUUGGCUGCCCUUAAAAGCAACGAUAUACGUUUCACUUCUGACAUUCCACAACACUUUCAUAAUGACAAAGACUGCAUGUUAGCAGCGAUGGAACAUGCAGACCAUUCUGACUACCUAUUUUUUAAUUUAAUACUACGAUUUUUUGAAAGGAAAGAUAGAGAUGUGAUCAUUGCUGCUGUAAAGAUAUCUGGAAAUUAUUUGCAACACCUUUCUGAUGAUUUUAAAAACGAUAGAGAGUUGUUAUUGAUAGCCAUCAGCCACAACCAUCUUUUACAUGCAUUAGAUUUUGCUUCCUAUGAAUUGAAGCAAGAUGCACACUUUAUUUUGGAUUGUGUGAAACAAUGUUGUACUUUUAUAGACUAUUGCAUUGAAAAAAAGACUAUUUUAAAUUCUGAAAUCAUUUCUGAGCAUGUGAAGCGAUGGGGAACAGUUACCGAUAAGCUACUAAUCUAUUUUGGUAUUCGAGACGUAAAAGGCACUACAUUUGAAGAAGCAAAAAGAGUGUUUCAGUUUUUGAACCAGCACCGAUUUGAUUUUGAAUAUUUUGGAUCUCACAUUCCUGAAUCUUAUUUAUUGAAAGAACCAAUCCAAUUGGUGCAGCUUGAAAGAACAGAGCCAUAUAUAUGGCAAUUAUGCGCCCAUGACGCUUACAAUAUGUGGCACGAGUUCUUGUUUGAGAAUGCAAGUUGGGAAAUCUUUUUUCAAUGA